UGUAGCUAAAUGAUUAGCACAACCCCAACGCAUGCAUGUAUGCACACAAUACGCGUCACAAAUGGCAUAUUUCACGUAGUCAUACAUGAGAUCGAUUAUUUCGUUACGUUAAAGUCGUGUAAGGACAAUCUCUAAACAUCGGUAGUUUGUUUAAUUCAGGACGUUUGAACUUAUGGAUGUGACGUUGCUAAGCAACCCUGGACUCAUACUAGAGCUCUAGUUAGCCUGAUGGCUAGCUGAGCACAUAAGCUACCUAUGGGUUGUGAUGAUACUAACACGUGCAUAUAAUCAUCUUUACUUUGCUACCUGUUUUUUUGUAUCGUAGUACUAUGAAAGCGCCAUCUCGUUGUUACCCAACACAUUGCCGUCUGCGAUACAGACAUAAGUAAGCCCUCUUGCGCUCUCACUUGCUAUUUCCCCAGAUCCCUGGUGAAUUAUCUGUUCCCAUGGCUUUCUGCCUGGCUGAGCUUCACUUGUGGUCAACGAAGAGCUCCCUCCAAGUCAAAGACACUGACAUUGGCACCCAUCAGUACUACCAUAAAGGGGAGCCAGUCGCCGAUUCACAGACCAAACACUACUACAAUGACAAACUCAAAUUUUCAGAAGCCCGAGGGUAUUCAUGGACGCCCCAGAACCGGCGGCCAGAGAAGCUCCGUGAUUCGUUGAAAGAGUUAGAGGAACUGUUGCAGACUAAGACUUGUGUUCACACCAGAUGGAAGAACAAGCAAUGCUGCCAGUUAAUGUUGAGCAGUGGGGUCCUAAUCACCCUCACCCUGAACGGUCCCCAGCUGGAGAGAGUGUGUAUAGACCACGCAUUGGUGGGACGACUCCCGGGCCACACUGUGACUGACGCGGUGCUCACUGAUAGGCUGUUGCUGUUGUCCUUCCUGGAGCACAGCCAGGUGGGUGUGGUAUACCUGGGUAGGAGGAGCCAGGGCUCCCCAGAGGUCAACAGACGGCAAGAGAAACUCUCCGUUUCUGAAAUGAAGGUGGUGUGUGUGGAGCUGGGCAGUGGAUCGGGCCGUCGGCUGGUCAGACGCGUGACCCUCAACCCCCUUGAGGACGUGGCGGUGUGUUGGUGGCCCCAGGACGACCCCAGCCAGGGCCUCUGGCCCUCGGCCCUGGGACCCGCUCACACAGACACACACAACCUGGUCAUGCUGGGCUGCUCUGCUGCGGACACACUCAAGGUGCUGAGCUCUGUAAGGACGGAGGGCCAGCCUCUGCACUGUCACUUCCGCCAGCUCCAGCCCCGCCAGCUGCUGACAGUGGAGCUGAGACCCCAGUCCCAAGGGGAGACGUCCUGGGCGGUGGAUGCUUGCGCGUACGACUGCGCACAGGGCCUCCUCCAACGCACGUCCGUCACACGUAUCCCACUGCAGGCCGAGCCCAUCUCCUGCUCCCGCCACCCCGCUGAGACUCUGCUGCUCCUGGGCCUCAGCGACUCCUCACUGGUGCUCUACGACCAGCGAGGGGGCGGGACGUGCCGCAACGUCACCUGCACGGCCCCUCCCGCGUUCCUGGCCUGGCAUCCUUCAGGGGGCCUGGUGGUGGUGGGCGGAGGGCAGGGGGAGCUGAUGUGCUUCGACGUGGGGCUGGCACCUCUGGGGGUGCGGUUGGUGGCCGAGGAGCUCGCCAACGCCCCCGCCACGCUGAGGCUAUCUGAGCACCUGCGCCGCACCGGAGGGCUGGAGGGGCUUCACUGGGGCAUGGGCCCGGGCUGCCGGCCGGAGGGGUGUGACCUCCUGAUGCUGGCCCUGCAUGGAGGACCUCUGGCUGCCCUCAAAUUCAGGCUUGGAGUGGUGAGCGGGGGGGGACUGGGCCCGUCUGAGCUCCUCCAGGAACGCCUGCGCUGGGGACAGGUCGGCCCGGCACUGGGGAUCCUCAAGGCCUUGGACUGGGACCCAUCGGGGGAGCAGUGCUACCGCGGGCUGAGUCUGAUAACCAUUCAUCUGCUGAGGCUUGAUCUGAACGCAGAGAGAGAGGCCCAGCUGGAGGCAGCCCUCGGUGUGUUCUAUGCCCCACCUGUCCCCCUCCCUGACGCAGUAGUCCUGGAUUAUAGAGAGCCAAUCAGCUCCUACGCACGGCGUUUCUUCCACCACCUCAUCAGGCACCAGCGUUUGGAGAAGGCUUUCCUGCUAGCCGUGGACCUCAGGGCCAGAGACCUGUUCAUGGACCUCCAUUAUGUGGCCGUUGAUAAGGGCGAGAUGGUGCUGGCGGACGCGGCCAGGAGGAAGGCCCGUGAGGCGGAGUUCCCCGCCAUCGCCGCCGCCGCUGAAGAGUCUUCAAGAGGUAGGAGCGGGAUGUGUAGCCUGUCCUUCAGUGAUAGACACACAGACCGACCAAUCAGCAAACAGACUGAGAGGGACAAGGAAGCCACCGACCCAGCUCUUCUGCUCCCUCCCACAGCACGCACAGAGCUGUAG